GUGCGUUUUUGUUUUCAACUUUAUUCAUUUCUUCCUUCUAGGUCAUUUUGGUUUAAUUUAUUGUUUUUCAGCUUCUUGGUUUAGAUGCUUAAUUCACUGAGUUUCAACCUUAUUUUAUCCUAAAAGCAUUUAAGUUUUGUGUUUUUUUUCCCCUCUAAAUGAAGCUUUGGUUACAUUCCACAGAUUUUUAAAAAUAGGGUUCUCACUGGUGGGCGUUUAUACAUAUUCUACAAUCUCAGUCUUGCUGUCCUUUUUGACUCAAGAGUUACUUAGAAAAGCAUUUUAAGUUGUCAUGGACAUAGGUUACUUUUUUUUUACUUUUGCUACUUGUUCGUUUCUAAUUCUAUUGCACUGAGAACUGAGAGUAUAGUGUAUGUAUAGGAAUUUGAGAUUUUCUUGGCAUCUAAUAUGAGGACGUUUGAGAAAAGGGUGUUUUCUCUGUUCUUGAGUGCAUAUGAAGUUAGGCUUACUAACUAUCUUCACACCCUCCACAGUUUUCACUGGAGGUUCCUUGUACCAUCAAAUCUUGAGUAAUGUGCUCAGCCUGCACUGUUGUUUUGCGUUCUUCUUCUGGUUUUGAGAAGGUAUUAUUUCAUAUGUUUUAUGGGUCUGUUGUCCAGGGUGAAGGUAAAGGUUCGUGAUAUUUGUAUCUUCCUGGAAAACUAGACCUAGCAAUGUCAAAUGCCCCUUUUUAUUUUAUCUGAUAUUUUUGCAUUUUGGCUGAUAUUAACAUUGACUUUCCUGCCUUCUUUUUGUUACCAUUUUGCCUAUUCCGCGCUUUGCCAUUUCUUUGCUUUGAACCUUCCUAUGUUGAUUUGCUUUAACUGCCUCACUUCCAAACAGCAUGUGGCUGGGGGUGUAGAGUGAUUUAAUUUAUUCACAUUCUUGUGUUUAUUGAUGUGUGUGGUCUUUCUUUAUCUUAUUUCAUGUCUUUUUUUUAAUGAUACUUUUUUCAUUCCUGUCUAGUUUUCCCUUUCCUAACUCUUGCUGAAUUACUUGAAUUUUCUUUGUUACGCCACUCCCUCCCCCACACACAGUGGUUUAAACGGUCUGUAACUUAUUUUUCUUGUAGAAAUGGUUACCCUUAAAUGAAAACUUAAAGCCCAUACUUCUCUAUUAAUGUUAAGAAUUAAAUGGUUUCUAUUUCCCAACAAGAUGAGACCAUUACUAUCAACAUUUGUUUAGAUCUGACUGUACAUGUUUUUGCUUUUAUUGUUCAUCACUGUUUCCUGUGUAUCCUGUCUUGCCCUUUCUUGAAUGACUUAUUCUGAUACAGCUUUUAUUUGGUUGGAGUAAUUCCUUGAGUAAUUUUGUUAAGGUAAGUGGGUGGCAUACUAUUUUUAGUACUUCUCUCUUUGGCUUUGAGACUUGGCUGAGUAACGGAUCUCGGAUCUCGGGGUUUAACUCUCUUUCCUCAGAGCUCUGUAGUCUUUGCUCUGUUGCCCUCUAGCAGUAGAUGAUACGAUGUCAAGUCCAAUGUCAAUUUGAUUCUCAAAGUUUUUGUAGAGAUUAUCAGAGAUGAAGCUAAGUUUAUUGCUCUCCAUGGAGCCAGAGCCUUAUGUCCGGAGGAACAGGGUGAGGUGGGACUUGCUGAUUGGAAGUCCCUAAAAUGGGGUAUGUGGGAGUGAUGGAAAAAAGGAGGAGGAAUUUUUGAGGCAAAGCAAUGAAUUCAAUCAAUCUUAGGGCACACACUUUUUUAAAAUCCUCACUGGAGGAUAUGUUUAUUAAUUCUGAGAGAGAGAGAGAGAGAGAGAGAGAGAGAGAGAGAGAUGUGAGAAACACUGAUUGGUUGCCUCCUGUACAAACCCUGACCGGGGAUUAAACUCACAACCUAGGUGUGUGCCCAGACUUGUAAUCGAACCCACAACCUUUGGUGUGCAGGACGAUGCUCCACCCAACUGAGCCACCCAGCUGAGGCAGGGCACAAACUAUUGAUUGAAAAGUUAAUGGGUCUUUAGAAGGUUUCUGUAACAUACAAUCAAGCCGUUUGCCAGGGCUAGUCUCCUGGAAGAGGAAAGGCAUGCUAACGAAGGCAGUGUGAGGAUCUGUGAUGACUCUUCCCCCCUCCCCUCCCCACUUUAGUUUCUUUGGAAACUUGAAGGAUUCAUUCCUUAUCCUUGGAUUUUAGGGGUUCCAUCAGCCUGCCCUGCCCUAGCUCCUGCUGCCUCUGCGGGAGCCUCCUGGGUGUUUGGCAGGUGGGCCUUGCCCUGCCCUUGUUGGGCGAGGCUGGCUUAGCUCUGAUUAGAUUUUCUGUCACUGCCACCCAUCUGCUUUUCCUCAGACUUGCUGACCAGCUGGUGCUACUAUGGGUCUGUUCUUAUUCGCCAUUUCUCUCUAUUUCAGCAGGGUCUGGAGGAGAGGCAAACAAUGGGCUCAGUUUCCCGUGUGGAGCCUCGGGUGUGUGUACCUUUUCAGGGUGGUGGGGAUACAGGCGUGUCCACCACCUCUCCCACCUGCCACUGGAAGCCAGGGGUGGCAUUCAGGAUCUGAGACACAAACCGGGCAGCCUCGAACUAGUUCAUGGAGGAGCCGCAAGAGACACUGUCCAGGCAAGCUCUCCCUUGGAGAGGGAAGAGCAGAGCGUGAGGGAGGGCGGCGCAGAAGUGGACAUGAACGCUGGUUUUCAACGAGAACAGCGUUUCAGUUUUGGUCAUCGGAAGUGGUGCCUGCAGCACAGAAGCGCGUGAAUUCCCUCCACGGCUCUGGAUCUCCAACACGGGACCAAAGGGGAGAAGAGGCUGGACGGAGCCACCUGCGGCAUCCAGCACGGCUUCUCUCCGCCGGGACCAGGGAUGACCGGGCCAUGCACACAGCUGUCUCCAGCCCUCAGCACUUCACAUAGCACACAGGGGACUCAUGGGGGGCCACUCGCCACUGCCAACUGAGACAACACGAUGGCAACAUUGACGUCCCUCAUGACGUUCCCACGACAGACAUUCAGGCAGAAGGUGCUGGCGCACUUUCUGUCUGCAAAGUAGAGGGCCAUGCCUCACCCACGUGAAUAGCUUGAGCCCCAAUGACUUGCUCUGAGGCCACUCACAGCCAGUGACACUUGCAAAAAACUCCCGACACCGUCUUGGGUUUGGCUUCCUCCGCUCUUGACCAAUGUGGCCAACGCCAGACGUCUCCUUGGGACACUUGGAUUAUCCAUAAAUGCAGCCCGCCCCGACCCUCCCUGAGUAGCACCGGAAGUCUCCGCGGAGGUCAUGGAUCCUGAACAAAGUGUCAAGGGCACCAAGAACGCUGAGGGAAGUCCCCGGAAGCGGCUGACUAAAGGAGAGGCUGUUCAGGCCAGGGUUUCGGCCAGUGCCCCGUUCCCAGGCGGCAGCACAGCUGUCGCCCCCGAGGGCCCCCUCCAAGAGCUCCUCGCCCCGCAGCCCUUCCCAGGCCCCUCGCCGGUUCUUAGGGAAGGCUCUCAGGAGAAAACGGGCCAGCAGCAGAAGCCCCCCACGAGGCCCUCCAUCGAAGCCUCUGUCCACGUCUCCCAGCUUCCACAGCACCCUCUGACACCAGCAUUCAUGUCGCCGGGCAAACCUGAGCACCUCCUGGAGGGGUCCACCUGGCAGCUGGUCGACCCCCUGAGACCUGGACCCUCAAGCUCCUUCAUGAGCCCUGGGCUCCCUCCUCAGAGCCAGCUGCUGCCUCCCCACGCUUCCAUCAUCCCCGCCGAAGACCUGCCCGGCCUCCCCAAAGUCUUUGUGCCCCGUCCCGCCCAGGUCCCCUUGAAGUCCACAGAAGAGGCCCCCAAGAAGGAGAGGAAACCCCAGAAACCGGGCAAGUACAUCUGCCAGUACUGCAGCCGGCCCUGCGCCAAGCCCAGCGUGCUCCAGAAACACAUCCGCUCGCACACGGGCGAGAGGCCCUACCCCUGCGGCCCCUGCGGCUUCUCCUUCAAGACCAAGAGUAACCUCUACAAGCACAGGAAGUCCCACGCCCACCGCAUCAAAGCCGGCCUGGCCUCGGGCGUGGGCAGCGAGCUGUACCCCCCGGGGCUGGAGAUGGAGCGGAUCCCGGGGGAAGAGUUUGAGGAGCCCACCGAGGGAGAGAGCACCGAUUCGGAAGAGGAAACGGGCACGGCGUCCGCUCACCCGGCAGAGCUCUCCCCCAGGCCCAAGCACCCCCUCCUGUCCAGAGGCUUGUACAGCUCCGGGAGCCAGGGUUCCAGCCACGAGCGCUGUUCCCUGUCCCAGUCCAGCUCAGCCCAGUCGCUCGAGGACCCCACUCCAUUCGCAGAACCCUCCUCCGAACACCCCCUGAGCCAUAAACCUGAAGACACCCACACCAUCAAGCAGAAGCUGGCGCUCCGCUUGAGCGAGAGGAAGAAGGUGAUCGACGAGCAGACGUUUCUGAGCCCGGGCAGCAAAGGCAGCACCGAGUCCGGGUACUUCUCCCGCUCGGAGAGCGCCGAGCAGCAGGCCAGCCCCCCGAACACCAACGCCAGGUCCUACGCCGAGAUCAUCCUGGGCAAGUGCGGGCGGAUCGGGCAGCGGACCACCAUGCUGACGGCCGCCUCCACGCAGCCCCUCCUGCCCCUGUCUGCCGAGGACAAGCCCAGCCUGGUGCCUCUGUCUGUGCCCCGGACACAGGUCAUCGAGCACAUCACCAAGCUCAUCACCAUCAACGAGGCCGUGGUGGACACCAGCGAGAUAGACAGCGUGAAGCCCCGGAGGAGCUCGCUGUCGCGGCGCAGCAGCAUGGAGUCGCCCAAGUCCAGCCUCUACCGGGAGCCCCUGCCCUCCCACAGCGAGAAAACGAAGCCCGAACCCUCACUGAUGAGCCUCCAGCACCCGCCCAGCACCACACCCCCUGUGCCUCUGCUGAGAAGCCACUCAAUGCCUUCUGCCGCCUGCACCCUCAGCACCCCCCACCCCACCUUCCGCGGUAGCUACUCCUUCGACGACCACGUCACCGACGCCGAAGCCCCGAGCCGCAGCAGUCAAGUGUUUCCCUCCCACCCGCGGAUGCUCAAGCGCCAGCCGGCCAUCGAACUCCCUCUGGGAGGGGAGUAUUCCGAGGAGGCAGGGCCAAGUAGCAAGGACACAGCCCCCAAACCCGCAGACGAGCCAGAACCCAAGGAAAGCGAACUCACCAAAAAGACCAAGAAGGGCUUGAAAACGAAAGGGGUGAUCUAUGAGUGUAACGUAUGUGGUGCUCGGUACAAGAAAAGGGACAACUACGAGGCCCAUAAGAAAUACUACUGCUCAGAGCUUCAGAUCCCCAAGCCGGUCUCUGCAGGUGCUCACGUGUCUCUGGAAGCCGAGAAGAGUCCGGCCGAGCAGGAGCCCUGGUCCCAGGUGAUGCAUUAUAAACUGGGGGCCACCUUGGAGCUCACUCCAUUGAGGAAGAGGAGGAAAGAGAAGAGCCUGGGGGACGAGGAGGAGCCACCUGCCUUUGAGUCCAUGAAAAGUCAGUUUGGCAGCCCCAGGCCAUCCGAUGCUGCUCGGAACCUUCCCCUGGAGGCCACCAAGUCACCAGCAGAACCAAGUAAGUCCGUGCCCUCCCUGGAGGGAACCUCGGGCUUCCAGCCAAGGACUCCUAAGCCAGGGUCUGGUUCGGAAUCAGGAAAGGAGAGGAGAACAACAUCCAAAGAAAUUUCUGUCAUCCAGCACACCAGCUCCUUUGAGAAGUCAGACGCUCUGGAGCAACCCGGUGGCUUGGAAGGGGAAGACAAGUCUACGGCCCCAGCCCCAUUCUCAUCGCCCCCGCCCACCCCGCACGGACGCUCAGCUCACUCCCUGCAGCCCAAGUUGGUCCGCCAGCCCAACAUUCAGGUUCCUGAGAUCCUGGUGACUGAAGAGCCCGACCGGCAGGACACAGAGCCCGAGCCGCCCCCGAAGGAGCCCGAGAAGACGGAGGAGUUCCAGUGGCCCCAGCGCAGCCAGACCCUUGCCCAGCUCCCGGCAGAGAAGCUGCCGCCCAAGAAGAAGAGACUGCGCCUGGCGCAGAUGGCCCAGUCGUCGGGGGAAUCCAGCUUCGAGUCCUCCUUGCCUCUGUCCCGCAGCCCCAGCCAGGAGAGCAGUGUCUCUGUGAGUGGGUCUAGCCGUUCCGCCUCCUUUGAGAGGGACGACCACGGAAAAGCCGAGGCCCCCAGGCUGUCAUCCGACACACGCUCCAAACCCUUGGGCACGCACAUGCUGACGGUCCCCAGCCACCACACACACACCCGGGAGAUGCGGAGGUCAGCCUCAGAGCAGAGCCCCGACGUUUCCCAUUCGGCCCACAUGACUGAGAGGCGCAGCAAAUCAUUUGACUGUGGCAGCUUGUCCUUGGCAGGCCCUUCUGCCCCAGCCCCAGUGGCUCCAGCAGCCCCCGCAGCCCCCACAGCCCCAGCGGCCCCUCCAGAGAGAAGGAAAUGCUUUUUGGUGAGACAGGCCUCCCUGAGCAGGUAUCCAGAAACAGAGCUGGAGGCCACCCCCAUGGGAAGACAGGAGAGUGAGGAGCCAAAGCCCUCAUCCAGUAAAACUGUGGCCAAAAGCUCACUGCCCCAAAUUUCCUCAGCGGCCACCUCACACACUGGGCACCCAGGAGGCAAAGGCCAGGUGCAGGACAGACCCCCACUGGGGUCCACUCCACCCUUCACAGAAGCACUGCAGGUGCUCCACCACCCCAUUGCCCAGCUGCCCCUGCAUGAGAAACCAUGUCUGCCCCCACCCGUCUCCCUCUUCUCCUUCCAGCACCUCUUGCAGCACGAGCCAGGACAGUCUUCAGAAUUCUUCUCUUCCCAGUCCAUGUCCAGCCUCCUCUCCGUACCGUACUCCAUGCCCCCAAUUCCUCCCUCCUUAUUUCAAGCCCCGCCAUUUCCUCUCCAACCUACUGUUUUGCAUCCAAGCCAACUCCACCUCCCCCAGCUCAUGCCUCACCCUCCCAGCAUCCCCUUCCGGCAGCCCCCUUCAUUUCUCCCCAUGCCAUACCCCUCCUCCUCAGCACUCUCUUCUGGGUUUUUCCUGCCUCUCCAAUCCCAGCUUUCCCUUCAGCUCUCUGGCGAUGUGGAAAGUCAUCUGCCACAGAUUAAAACCAGCCUGGCCCCACUGGCAACAGGAACAGCUGGCCUCACCUCCAGCACAGAGUACGGCAGUAACAUCCAGCUGCCCCCCGUGCCUCCCCCAUCCAGCUCCUCAGUGCCCAUGUCAGCCCCUCCAUUGGCCUUGCCCGCCUGUCCAGAUACCAUGGUGUCCCUGGUUGUACCCGUCCGAAUUCAGACCAACAUGCCAUCCUAUGGGAGUGCCAUGUACACCACCCUCUCCCAGAUCCUGGUCACCCAGUCCCAAGGCAGCUCAGCAACUAUAGCUCUUCCUAAGUUUGAGGAGCCCUCAUGUAAAGGGGCGACAGUGUGUGGGGCAGAUGUGUACGAAGCCAGGCUUGGGCCAGCUGGGAUAAGUGAAGAGCAGAGCAGAGGUUUCCAGACUCCAUAUCUGAGAGUGCCUGUGACAUUACCUGAAAGAAAAGGCACUUCCCUGUCAUCAGAGAGUGUCUUGAGCCUGGAGGGGAGUUCAUCGACAGUGGGGGGAAGCAAGCGUGUCCUUUCACCAGCUGGCAGCCUUGAACUUACCAUGGAAACCCAGCAGCAAAAACGGGUGAAGGAAGAGGAGGCUUCCAAGGCAGAUGAAAAACUGGAACUGCUAAAAUCAUGCAGUGUGGUGCUUGCCAGCACUGAGGAUGGCAAGAGGCCAGAGAAAUCCUCCUUGGGCAGCCAGGGCCAAGUCAGGAGGGAGCUAGAAUUGCUGUCCAGCUUGCCCACAGACCCAUCUGACCCAAAGGAAAUUACUCCCCUUCCUCACCCUACACUGCCCCAUGUGACAGCUCCAGGCUCAGAGGCUUUGAAGGAAUAUGGGCAGCCAUCUGGUAAACACCACCGAAGAGGGUUGCCCACCCUGAGUGUGAAGAAAGAAGAUUCCAAGGAACAACCUGACCUCCCUUCACUGGCACCUCCCAGCUCUCUUCCUCUGUCAGAAACAUCCCCCAAAUCAUCCAAGUCUCAAGAAGGUACGGACUCAAAGAAGGUACUGCAGUUCCCCAGCCUCCACACGACCACUAAUGUCAGUUGGUGCUAUUUAAACUACAUUAAGCCAAAUCACAUCCAGCAUGCAGAUAGGAGGUCCUCUGUUUACGCUGGUUGGUGCAUAAGUUUGUACAACCCCAACCUACCAGGGGUUUCCACUAAAGCUGCUUUGUCCCUCCUGAGGUCUAAGCAGAAGGUGAGCAAAGAGACAUACACCAUGGCCAUAGCUCCGCAUCCUGAGACAGGAAGGCUCGUGCCAUCCAGCUCCCACAAGCCCCGCAUGACAGAGGUUCACCUCCCUUCGCUGGUUUCCCCGGAAGGCCAGAAAGAUGUAGCUAGAGUGGAGAAGGAAGAAGAGACGCGAGGGAAGCCCGAGGAGGAUGCUCCCGCCUCCAAGAGAGGGGAGCCAGCAAGGAUCAAAAUCUUCGAAGGAGGGUACAAAUCAAACGAAGAGUAUGUAUAUGUGCGAGGCCGCGGCCGAGGGAAAUAUGUUUGUGAGGAGUGUGGAAUUCGCUGCAAGAAGCCCAGCAUGCUGAAGAAACACAUCCGCACCCACACUGAUGUCCGGCCCUAUGUGUGCAAGCACUGUCACUUUGCUUUUAAAACCAAAGGGAAUCUGACUAAGCACAUGAAGUCGAAGGCCCACAGCAAAAAGUGCCAAGAGACGGGGGUGCUGGAGGAGCUGGAAGCCGAAGAAGGAACCAGUGACGACCCGCUCCAGGACUCGGAAGGGCGAGAGGGCUCAGAGGCCGUGGCGGAGCACCAGUUUUCAGACCUGGAGGACUCAGACUCAGACUCAGACCUGGAUGAAGACGAGGAUGAGGAUGAGGAUGAGAGCCAGGAUGAGCCGUCAGGACCAUCCCCGGAGGCACCCCUGCCCUGCCCGCCGGCCACGCUGCCAGCAGACUCCUCACCCAUUCAGGGCCCACAGCCCCCAGAUGCCACCUCUGGCAACCAGACCACGUGGGGCGGCUCAGGCUCAGAAGCAGGCAGUUGCUCCAGGUCCAGCCAAAGCAUCCUGUGCCUCCCUCGGCUGGGGCCAGCCCUUCCGGGCCCCGUGGAGAAGGACACCAGCUCAGCCCUGAGCUCCAAGGCCUUGUCCCCGAGAAGGCCGUGGUCCCCCAGCAAGGAAGCAGGCAGCCGCUCACCACUUGCCCACAAACACCCACUAACCAAAAGCGACUCUCCCCAGCGACAUUCACCUGCCCGAGAGCCACAGGCCUCGGCCCUGCGCCCGCCUGGCUCCCAGAUCGGCCCUCUCCCUUGUGGGUCUCCAAGACUUGAGCUGUCUCCUCUCACCCUCCGCCCCCUGGGAAGGGAACUGCCCCCCCGAGUGCAUCUGCCCCCCGAACAAGAGGGUGCCAAAGACCCAGGAACCCCCAGAGACUCGCCCACCAGGAGCCGGUCACCAAGCCAGGCCGAGUCACCACCACGGUCAGUGCUGCCAGGGAAGUGGGCCUUGGCUGGGCCGAACAGCCCCUCAGCGGCUGAGUGCGGCCCAAGCUCGGGGCUGGCCCCGUGGGCUCUCUACAGGCCCGCGCCUCUACCUCACAAGCCUCUCGGCAGAAGCCCCGCGCCCUGCGCCUCCACAUGGCAGAAGGCUGAGUCCCGAAGUCCCUCCUGCUCACCUGGCCCUGCUCAUCCGGUCUCCUACCGACCCUUCUCUGCCCGCCACGACUUCCGCAGCCACAUGCCGGCCCGGACAGAGAACAUCUUCAGCCACCUCCCUCUGCACUCACAGCACUUGGCCCGCGCCCCGUGCCCCCUGAUUCCCAUCGGUGGGAUCCAGAUGGUGCAGGCCCGGCCCGGGGCCCACCCCACCCUGCUGCCAGGGCCCACCAAGGCCUGGGUCAGUGGCUUCUCCUGGGGUGGCAGCGACCUGACAGGAGCCCGGGAGGCCCAGGAGCGAGGCCGCUGGAGUCCUACUGAGAGCUCCUCAGCCUCCGUGUCCCCUGUGGCUAAGGUCUCCAAGUUCACACUGUCCUCGGAGCUGGAGGGCAGGGACUGCCCCAAGGAGACGGAGAGGACGAGCGGAGGCCUGGGCAGACCUCCAGACUGGGAGUCCCGCGUGGCUGUGUCUGCAGAGUCCGCGCCCACGCACAGCCCCCACACCCCACCCGAGGCCUCGCCCCGGCCCCCCCAGGGCCGCCGGGCAGAGUCCUGGAGCCCCCGCGUGGAAUCACCGCACACGCUGGCCAACCCCCCGGCCUCUGCCCCUUCGCCACAGGACUGCAGCGGCUCCGUGGGCAGCCUGGCCGAGGCCUCCACCCACUUCCCAGCCCGGAGGCGGAACCUCUCUGGGGAACCCAGGACCGGUCAGGGCUCCCCGGAGCCCUCAGGAAGAGGGGGCCCCGGGGCACCUCUGCACCAGCCGGCGGACAGGGGUCCUCUGAGCACUUAGCCUCUCUCCGACGGCUUCAGCAUCUGGCCUCCGGUUGGGCAACAGACGCUUCCAGCAGCUUCCUCGAAUCAUCUUGCUCACCUGGGUCCCUCCCCGAUCUGUCCGUGUGUCCAAGCAGCUCCCGCUCAGCCCCCAUCGGUUGUAUCUUCCCACGUAUGCAGUGACCUGUGCCUUUUCUAUUCCUUUUGUUGCUUGAAAAGAAACAAAACAUACACACACAUAAAAAAAACAACACACGGAGUUUGAGGCUGUGGAUAUUUUGUGCUUUUUUGAGAAAGGGGGGAUGGGUGGGACCUCACCCACCGCCGAUGGGGUCAGCAGCCACCCCCAAGGCUGGCAAGAGGCAGCCAUUUGCUGAGGUAAAGGGGAUGCACUGAAGGAGGGGAAAAAACUUUAAAAAAUAUAUAAUUAAAUGUAAAAGCAAGCACUCCUA